ACGCCCAACAAGGAUCAAAUUGCCGCCACCGGAGUAGUCUCCGAUCUCCAAAUACUACGCCGGCUUCUUUUCAGGGUGGAGAGAUAGAGAAAGGUUGUAAUAAGCAAGAGGGUUUUGAUUGGAAAUGAGUGCUGAAGCUUUGCAGGUUGCUAAGGCAUACCGCCACCUUCUCAAAGCUGUGAAGAACCACGUUGCGAAAGAAGAGGCUAAGCGGCAUUUUAGAGAUUAUGUGACUGAAGAAUUUAGGAACAACGGCAAACUGUUGGAUCUCUCUGCCAUCCAGCAGAAGAUUAAGCUUGCCCGUGAUUACACUUUUCUUCUCAACAGUGUGCAUCAUCACAAGGACCUAUUGUUCUCUUACAACAUAGCUGUGGACAGAUCAAAUGAAAUGAAAAGAGUACUUGGAAAGUCGGCUGCAAGUGUUGGUCUUCAACUUCCGGAGGUUUACCAACCUUGAUAUUUGGCUUGGUAUCCUCUGUUCCAUUGUAUUUCAGCAGAAAAUAUGCCUCCGCCCAACUAGGUACGCUGGGGAACAAAUUUCUACUCAUGAACUAGUGUUCUUUGCUGCCAACAACUGCAAGGAACAAUCAUUUUGAGUACUUAUCUAUUCUGACAAAAAUAAGCUCUUUUUUAGGAGUUCUAUUUAUUGUCUGUACUCCGUAUGCUUUCCUAAAACUGAUAAAGCUCCUUCAGUUUAAAAUGUGCUCUAAAAUGUGUUAC